AUGAAAGAUAAUGAGAAGAGUUCUCAAAUCAGUCUUGUUCUAACUUUUUUGCUUUCUGCUUUCUGCUCUCUCUCUCUCUCUCUCUCUCUCUCUCUCUCCUUAACUGUCUUUUUCCUUCUUCAUUACCUGCUAUAUCUAUCUAUCUAUCUAUCUAUCUAUCUAUCUAUCUAUCUAUUACAACCUGUUCAUUAUCUAUCUAUCUAUCUAUCUAUCUAUCUAUCUAUCUAUCUAUCUCCUUGGGCACUUCGGCCUUGUAUAGUGAUUCACGAAAUGGAAACACUUAUUCAAAAAUCUCUCUCUCUCUCUCUCUCUCUCUCUCUCUCUCUCUCUCUCUCUCUCUCUCUCUCUCUCUCAGACAGACAUACUCGUAUACGGGCGGCUAUCCAUUAUACAUUUAUGUAUAAAUUAAACCGACACUACUCUUCUCUUGUUUCUUUGCUUACUUGUUACUUGUUCAGGAAGAACGAUCAUUGCAAAGCCACAAUAUUAACAGAUAAAUGUUUACGCAAUGCACAAAGAUCACGACGCAAAUAA